ACCAUUGUUUGAUAGAUUCUGGUUUGCAGGUUCAGUAUGCUGUGAUACAGAAAAGAAGUGAUCCUGUGAAUAUCAUUUCUAACCGAUGAUGGCAAGUUUCGUGGACAGCAGCAUCGAUAUUGAUACCCAGGAUGAAGAAGAUUCUGAGAACAUACUGAAACGAUAUGAACCAGCUUGUUUGAUUCCAAAGAAACCAGCAACAUUGGGGAAAUUUCUCAAGGUGGAGCCAACAGCCCUGGGUGCUGCUCAGAUCGUGAUCGGGUUGAUAACCAUUGGACUUGGCAUCGUUCUAGCGAUGUCUCCCCCUUCACUUAUUAUCAUUAUCAAAUUACCCUUUUUGACUGGUUUCUUGUUUUUGGUGUGUGGAUCUCUAUAUGCUGCAGUAGAGAAGUAUCCAAAAAUAUUAUGGGUCUGUUUAAAAAUGAGCUUAGGAAGUUCUCUUUCUGCUGGAAUCGGAAUAGUUUUGUAUUCUGUGGAUCUGUCCUUUUGGAAUUCAUACAGCAACAAGGAUCAGCUAAGUUUCAUGACUGCUGGGAUUAAAGGCCUUCUUCUCAGUUUUACUGUGCUGGAGAUAUGCAUCACUCUACCCAUAAUUAUUCAGGGGUACAGGUUUCUGCAUGGCAGCAGCACUAGAGAAUGAUCACUGCUUCACAGGCUCUUCAACUGGAUUUGUUUGGAGAUAUGAAUUGCAUUGUCUUAAUCUUGGACAGAAAACCAAAUAAUAAUAAACUAUUAUAUGUGAUAUGAUUUAAUGUAACCUAAUAAUGUAUUUACAUGUUUAAUGUAUCAAGAUUGUAGAUGCUGUAAUGUUUGAAGACAUGUGUAUAUGUAUGUGCAUAUGAAAUACAUACAUUGCUUCCAAGUUUUGUAUUUUAUUCAGUGAUAAAGCAGUGUGCAAAUUUAUUAAAACACCUCAGGAUGUAUAAUUUGUAGCCUUAUAUACCUACCUGCAUGAAAAUCUCUGGGUGUGAGAAUUUAUAAUCAGUCCGUGCAAGUACAAACUUUUUAAUUUUUCUUGCUGUGUUGAAAACUCAGUUCACAUCCAUUGGAAGCAAAUACUAAACAAAGACACAAAUGGUCCAAAAGUAUUUUAUUAUCCACCAAAACCAGCCAAUCAAUACUUUGCACCGACGAAAGCAACCAAUCCUGGACCCAAAACUGCCAAUCACAGACUGUCAGCUCGCCUGGAGCUCAGACAGCAUCUUUCAAUAAACUGAGACAUGAACAGUUCAGUAUUAAAGCUCCAUUUAGAUAUCUGCCACUGUCCAGAUAAACUACAAACAGCUCUGACAAGUAAAAAAAAAUAUUCAAUAAAGUUAUUUCUUUUUUCUCUAAUUAUGUAUGUCAUUCUUUAUCAACAUUGUUGGGACUAUUUUCCUAAAACGUUUCUCAGCGGAAGGGUACCUGACGAAUCAUUACAAGUUAAAGGUAAAUCU